AGACAGAGAGAUUAGUUGUCGUGCUUUGCAGCUGUCGCUGAAAAGUUGUGCUGAAAAGGUGAAAGUUUGGACAGUAUCUCCUGUUUGACUGCUGUGCGAAGAACAGAAUGAAAUACACAAGUACACGGGGUGGAUUGACCGGCGUGAACUUUGAGCAGGUCCUUUUCUCUGGCUAUGCCCCAGAUGGUGGCCUUUUCAUGCCUGAAGAAAUCCCAAGCCUUGACACGGCCAUCCUGCAGACGUGGAGCACUUACAGUUACCCCCGGCUGGUCGAGGAGAUUUGCUCACUGUUCAUUUCCAGAGACGAAUUGCCGAGGGAAGACUUAAGGGAUCUAAUUAGCCAGGCCUUCGUGAGAUUCCGACACAAGGACAUUGUGAAAUUAGCCAAACUGAAAAAUGAGUUGUAUGUGUUGGAGCUGUGGCAUGGUGUGACCUUCGCUUUUAAGGACCUCGCAAUGUCAUGUGUGGGACAAUUACUCCAGUACUUCCUGAGAAAGAGACAGAAGCAUGUCACUAUUCUAGUCGGGACAUCAGGAGAUACUGGCAGCUCAGCCAUAGAGAGCAUCCGAGGAAUGGAGAACAUGGAUAUCAUUGUGUUGCUUCCACAUGGCCGCUGCAGCCCGAUCCAGGAGCUGCAGAUGACAACGGUUAUUGAGGACAACAUCCACGUUUUUGCAGUUGAUGGAACAAGUGAUGAGCUGGAUGAACCAAUCCGGAAUGUGUUUGCUGACCUUGAGUUUGUGAAGAGACACAACAUAAUGAGCUUAAACUCCAUCAACUGGGCCCGCAUCAUGGUGCAGAUUGCGCACUAUUUCUACGCUUACUUCCAGUGUAGCCCGUCAAUGCAGAACAUUCCCCUCCCUUUGGUAGAGGUAGUCGUACCAACCGGAGCAGCGGGUAACAUCACAGCUGGAAGUAUCGCUCAGAUGAUGGGUCUCCCAAUUCGAUUGGUUGCAGUGGUCAAUGAAAAUGACAUCAUACACAGAACCAUUCAGAACGGUGACUUCUCUUUGGCUGAUUCAAUUAAAGCUUCCUUAGCGCCAUCCAUUGAUAUCCAGGAACCCUAUAACAUGGAGAGAAUAUUUUGGUUGUUGUCGGACAAGGAUAGCACCUUGAUCAAAACGCUGAUGGAGGAAUUCCAGAAACUGGGCAAAGCUAACAUGCCCGAUAUCUUGUCCACAAAGCUGUCACAAACGUUUGAUUCAUACACUGUGAACGAUGACUAUGUGAUUGUGACAAUGCUCCGUUGUUGGAAGGAGAAUGAGUACUUGCUUUGUCCUCAUUCUGCUGUCGCUGUCGCAUACCACUAUCAAGAAAUGGACCUGGACACCAGGAGCGUUCCCAGAUGUUGCCUAGCAACCGCUGCUGCUGUUAAAUUUCCGGAGGCCGUGCUGAAGGCUGGACUAACUCCGGAGAUUCCACCUGAAAUCCGUGCUUUGGAGACCAUGGAUACGCGGUGUACAGCAAUGAAGAGAGGAGAAGACUGGGAAAAGAUCCUCUACCAUAAAAUCGAGGAAGUUAAUAUGCGCAGAAAAACAUGAAUACCUAACCAGAACAUGUCAAUGUUCUUGGUUUCACCAAAGUAACAUUUGAUACUUCGACAGUGGAAGGUCACAUUUUCUAGUUCUACAUGGGUGUGUUUAGAGAUUCCUGUCCAAACCUCAAGGGUGUUCCAAAUCUCAUGAGACCUGCUGUUGAUAUGAGAUUGGGUUCAGAUGAAUUAACUUAUCGUCUCCAUCAGCUCAGCUUCUUCCCUGCUCAUGUAUUAUCGACAGUACACGAGUUAAUUGUCCUUGUUCUCAGGGAGUUAGUUAUUACUGAAUCAAUACUGACUGACAUUGAGGUUGUCAAUCAGAGAAAACCUCCAGAGGCAGAAUGGCAGCAUGUGGCAGUGCUACAGGAUGCUGUCGGUGUGGGUCUAUCCCUGUCCGAGUCACUGCCUUCUCUCUAGUCCAUAUGACCUAUCUCUGGACAGAGUCUGGUUCAGGACUGGAGGGGUUGUCCUGAGCUGCUGGCUACAUUGUGUUUCUCUUUUUUUGCAAUUUGCCAUUUUUUCACCUUCAAAACACCUCAUCUUCCUACUCUCCUUCAAUCCUGAUUUUCUCUUAGAAAUGUUGAAAUCUCCUCUCUGUCUCUCUCAGCACCUUAUUAAGGGUUCAUUGAGUCUCUUUAUAAGCAGUAAACACAACUGGUCCCUCUUGCCCCAUGGUGCAUCCAUUGGAGACUACAUCUUGACAAUUAUUUUCAAUGUCGAAAAGUGUGGCACUGGAAAAGCACAGCAGGUCAGGCAGUAUCUGAGGAACAGGAGAGUUGAUAUUUCCACAUAAGGCCUUCAUCAGGCAUUGCUGAAGAAGGGCUUAAGCCUGAAACGUUGAUUGUCCUGCUCCUUCGAUGCUGCCUGACCGGCUGUGCUUUUCCAACGCCACAGUUUUUGACUCUGAUCUCCAGCAUCUGCAGUGCUUACUUUGUCCCAUUUAUCGUCAAUGCCCAACUCACUGCAAGUUUCAAUCCUAGCCCUGCGGACUUUAUCAGUGGUUUAGCUGUCUCCAUCCCCCUCCUCAUGUCCCUCCAGAUGUCUGUUCUCUCCCGAAUGAUGUCCUUUCUAUCCGUGAACUUAUUAAGGACAAUUGCUUGGACAUUUUGGCCUCAUCUAGCUGACAGGUAGUGACCCAUUCCCUCAAAUUGCAGCUUUCUCACCUGAACCAACAGGACCUGUACCAGCAGCAAAUCAUAUUUCCAACCUCUUUUUGUGCUAUGCUAUUUUCUCCUCUUUGACCAUUCCACCUUGUUCCAUGGUCUCACCUCUCAUUCAAAAUUCCUAUUCUCUAUGGCCCAUCGAUGUGCUAUGCCAUAUCAGAACCUGAGAUACCUUCACUAUUGAUGUCCUCAGCUUCUGUGCCAAAUGAUCUCUUCAUACUUGGUGAUUUCAACCUUCAUUUCUGUGGUGCGUCAUGCACUGCUGUUACUGAGCAGUGGUGCAGUCGGUGGUGGAGGGAGUGCAUGUUUGUGAAAGUAGUGUCAAUCAAGCACGCUGCUUUGUCCUGGUUGGUGUCGAGCCUCUUGGGUGGUGUUGGAGUUGUACUCAUCCAGGCAAUUGGGGAAUAUUCCAUCAUACUCCAGUCUUCUAUUCCUCAGAAGAUUCUGGUCUUGAUGUAUUGAGGUGGAAGUGUAAAUUAGAUGUCUUUGAAAGUCUGAAUCUCUUUCAACUUGGAAUUAGUGGGCAGUUUAAUUAAUGCUCCUUACAACCCAAUACCUUGAAAACCUUUCCAGGCUUUUGGGAGACUCUGAGAUGACCCCUUAUGAACUCGGAGAGUUCAACUUUCAUUACACUUACUUUGUGUCCUGUCUUUGGCUGUGAAUUCUUUCCCUUGACUUUUUUGCCUCACUCUCACUGAUUUACUGCUGUUCGUGUGACUCAGCAUCAAAUGUGGUUGCAUGUUAUCACUCUCAUAUCUUGCAAUGUUUCAUAACGUUAAAGGCACUAUAUUUUAUCAAGCUGUUGAUUCAGGUGGUGUCCCAAUUUCUGGCAAGGAAUAGUCAAUGCCUUUAUGUUGCAAUCAUGAUGCACAUGCUCUUGUAGUAUCUGAUAAUUUCCCAGCCUAUUAUAGUUUAUUAAAUCCCUCCCAGACACUGUUUGCUCAUAUUUCCCUUCUACUUUAAUUGACAAUGUGCAUUGAACUGACAUGUCAGCGUCUUCCGCUCCCAUUGUGUAUGCGAGUAGGUGGAGUAGUAGGUAAUUGUCCCAAUACAACUUCUGAAGAUAAGAGAAGGGAUCCGCGGUAUGUGUUUCCCACAUUAUGGUAUCUGCUGAGGAUAGCCUAUCAAGAACAAUUGAAUGUGAACCUAUAGUUCCCAAAGCUCUACACUGGAUGUUCUCAUUUCAUGCCUGCUUCAGUUGUAGGUUAAUUAAUAGAGAUUAAUUACAUUCAUUAUUUUAGCAAGUCCUUCAUCAUUAUGUAAUGGGUGAUAGAAGGUGAGUUAGAUUGAUCAUUGUCUUUUUUUGUUAGACUAGGAGUUCCUCCUUUUGUUAAUAAAAAUCCAGCACUUGGAAAAUUGAGUUCAAAUAGCACACUGACCCCCACUGACUGAUUUACACUCAAUGUUGAAUAUCUUAAAAUCUCAACUGUGUGAACUAUAGUGUAUGGAACAGUAUAUUUGUAUUAAAAUUCUUGUUACCAUUUCACCCUGAA